UCAAAAUUCUUUCUCGCUGUCCUCACAUGAACUUGAUAAGCAAUUUUUUUCAGCAUUUGACAUGGAAAAUAUCACCUCUACUGGCGUCUACGAAAAUAUAACUGAACCCGAGGUAUCGUCUGCAAAAAGUUCUCCAUUCCAUCCUGCCCGGAGUGGUUACGAUUUACCUGUGUACGGUCUUGAGAAUGGACAGUUUUACUCCAUACACAUUCCUGCAAUCACUUGUAUUGUCCUUAGCUUUAUUUCUGCUGUAGCCAUCAUAAUUGCAUCCUUUAGACUACAGAACAUCAAGACAUUUUUCUCGUGGACAAAGAGUGAACGGUUUGUUGUCUAUUUGGCACUGUGUGAUGGACUUUUCAAUAUUGCGCAUAGUUUGGACCAUACUCACAUUGUUCUGACCAGAAACCACGUGUACCCCAAGGAACUGUGCGAGUUUUACGGCUUUAUGUUGGCCGAGUUCAUCACUGCUCAAAAUCUUAUGGUGAACGUUGUUGCGCUGAACGUUUUCAUUUUGAUAUAUUUCACGAAAGACUUGAAUUUUGGCGUCUAUGAUUGGCGUCUUCUUCUGUACACCUUUGGCCUUCCAUGCGUCGGAGGAACUUUGGCUGCUUACUUCGAUAUGCUUGGACCUAAUGGUACUUUCUGCUAUUUUGACGGGGUUAAGGGAGAAGUUGCCAACCUGUUCUUCACCACUGUACCACUUUUAACCGUCCUUCUCAUGAAUAUCAUUGUCUACGGCCUGACAUGGAAGCGGAUAAGAAGCGAGUCUAAGCGUCUCCAGCACACCCUGGGUCAGGAAGCCGCCACCAUCCGGGCUUCUCUCCAGGCGGCGAAGACCAUGUCGCUAUUUGUCACGGCCUUCUUCGCCCAGUGGUGGGCCAUGGCGCUGUACGGAAUCUGGCAAAUGCUGGCCCCUGUUCCCCAGACUCUGUUUCAGUUCGUGACGACGUUUUCUAACAUUGGCGGUAUCCUUAACGGUAUCGUCUAUAUCCUCAUCAGACGACGGAGAGCCAAGGCCAAGUCCAAGAGAGCAGCGAAUGUGGACAAGAAAUUUCAGAAUAUCAAUUCUGUCAGCGAUAAAGUUGAAAAUUCAAGUGUUUGAAUCUGCGUUUGCGUGAUGUUUGGGUCAAUUUAGGAAUGUUAAUAUUAAUUUGACUGAAAAAUCAAUAUAGAAUUCACGUACUACUGAUUAAACACUUGUCGACACGAGGUUGAAGGAUUUUGCUAAUCUAAAUCAAACAAAAUUUUGAUAAUUGAAGCACUUAAAACGUUUUAAAAAGAUAUAAGACUAAAAUAAACCCUUGAUAUUUGAAUAUUGUAGUACAUAUAUAUGUAUUUGUUGUAUUUGUUCCUUAUGCAGCUGCUUAAACAAAAUAAAUUGUAAUAUUUGGUUUCUUGCGAUGAAAAUCUCAGUCGCUAAAAAUUAUAAUACAUGCCUCUACAGCUGUUUCAUUUUUAUAUACUAUGAUUUUCUUCUACAUCAUGUAUUUUGAAUAAUUCUCGAGGUAACUUCGACUUAUUUUUCUAACAACCAUAACACUCAUC